AUGCCGAUUCUAACUCCAGUCAUCAAACUCGUGGUUUUCAGGCAAAGUCUUCGACCACAUUCCGCUGUUGCAUUCCUCGUUGAGUUCCUCUGCUUUGUCUUAGAGCUACUCGACAAGGAGAAAGAUCUAACAAAGAUAUUCGGCAUCGUUUCUGCUUGCGACACAUUAAUCUUCACUAUGCUCGAUAUAAUCCAAAGUCUGAUCGAAGAAGAAGUGAAAAUACGAAGAUGCGGUCAAGUGUUUUGGCUUUACAAAAAGGAUGGGAGUCUUUAUUGGCACACACUAAACGCAUAUCUUCUGAUGUUAUGCGUUGUCCACGUCAUUGGCUCUGCGCUCUCUUAUAGUUCUCGUAGACGUUAUCUAGUCUUGCUCCCGCUUUUUGUUGCCGGCCUUGAACUUCUUCCUCAAGAGGCAUAUCAGGUCAUUGGAAAUGAUCAGAGUCAGAGCCUUCAAGAUUUCGUUGGGCCGGAUCAAGUGCCACAAGAUUGUAUUGGGCCUCUUCAGAACCCAUUAGAUGGUAUUGAGCUGGAGAAAGGUGACAGAGUGCUAGAUCAAGAAGUUGCUGACCAUGUUUGCGCCUGA